CAUUCGUUGCUGGUCGCGGUCAGCAGGUGUACCCUCCCGAUCCAAUCAAACAGCAAUCAACCGGACCAACGGGGAAACCAGCAAACAACGCUCCAAACGCGAGCGAUCGUGAGGCCAAACGAAGCGGCCAAGGCUGAAUCCUGCGAGUGUCAGCAUUAUUGUGGUGUGUAGGUGGUUGUUUGGGGACGGUGUGCGUCGGUGUUAACACGGCAGUGCAAGUGCCUCGGUGAAGCCGACGGCUCCAACCAAACAGCCCAGGAAGCAGCAGCAGCAGCACGGCUGCUGGCCCAGUUACGGACGCAAUGGCGGAAGAUCGGACGGCUCUAGACCCGACCGUUGACGUGAGCUACAAAGAAGGACAGAUCCCGCUGGAAAAGACAGAUGACAUUGGGCCGGUGAUGCCGCCACUGCACAGCACGAAACAGCAACAGUUGCAGUACGAUCACGACGUCGCACAUCUGCUACAGCUGAUCCCGGGGCAGCCGCACCUGCGCCAACCGAUUCCCACGCAGCAACAGCAGCAGCCCCGUCUGCAGCCGGAGCCGGCGCGGGAGCUGUUGAAGAGAAAACCGCGCGCCAACGAGGACGGCAACAGCUCCCGGGCGGUGGCAGCGGACGCGCACGUCCACACGAAAGCGGCCGCAAGCGAUAACGAGGACGAAGGAGGAGGCGGAGGAACUGGUGACCGUGGAGGGCCACGCAAAAGCCCUUCCGAGAUGCUAGUGGUGCAUCUGAUCAUUGGUUUCCGUGAUAUCUGUGUAUUUACACUUGUUCUGCCGCUUGGUACCUUGCUCGUUUGUUUCAUCUCCGCUUACGUCUUCCAGCCAGAGGAAAUUCACGAAACGCACUGUCGGGUUUACAACAUCAUUCCUUCAAUUAGCGCCAUCACAGGCGUUAGCCCGCAACGGUACCUGUGGCGUGUGUCGAUCGCACUGCACAUUGGUCCACGCUUCGUCAUUGCCUUCGUCUACCGGAACUGGUACCGUGCCAUGGUGGACAGCAUAAGCGAUCCCGAGAGAGCUAGGAAGGCGUGCCGGAUGAUCAACGUCGUCUACUGGCUGAACCUGGUCGAGAUCAGUGCUCUCUGCGGGGUAACGUACAUCUCCAACAAGGAAAAUUACCCUCUGCACGAGAAGGUUUUUAUCAUCUUCAUGACGACCUCGCUGUCGUACAUGCUAGCGACGCUAAAGCUGCUGAAAAUCCUACAACCGGACGGGCCGCAAACGCCGAAGGAGGAGUCCUCGCUGCGCUACAAGCAGGCGUUCUUUGCCCUCUCGAUUGCCAGCACGAUCGGGCUGAUACUGUUUUUCUUAAAGCACCGCUUCCUCUGCCAAGAUCUAGCGUUCAGCUGGUUCGCACUGUGCGAAUAUAUCGUGGCUUCCGCCAACAUGGGCUUUCACUGCACCACCAUGCUGGACUUUCCGACCGAGGAUUUUAUCAUCGCUAGAAAUGCCAAACAGUACAAGAAGCCGCACAGCUCGCUCGGCUGGAAGCUGGACUAGGUGCGCUGGAGCGACAUUUGAGCCGCAUUGUUCAAAAGAAGCCUGCCCCGUUGGGGGACCCUGGUUUUGCGAUAGAUGCGAACGAAAGCGAAGCGGACUCUUCAGCACAUUCCGAAGUACAGUGUGCGGUGCGCGUCGCGACCAUCCUCCGCUCGGUUGGCCAUCUGUGGUCCGCUUUGGCCCAUGGUCAGUUUUCAUUGCAUCGUCAUGUGGGAGAAGACGCGAAUAAAGUGGGGAUAGGGGGGCGGGGUGAGGCUGCGUAGACUCUUAACUUUAUUUAUUUCGUUGUUGUUUUUUGUUAACUUUGUUUAUGAGCUUUUGAGUCGGGAAAGCCAUCUUUAAUUAAUAAUCAUCUUCUUAGUUAAGUUGACAAGCAUAUUUUUGGAUCUAAUUUGUUUCGUUUGCUUUAAACGGUUUCCCGAGUAAAUGUUGCAAAUGUUUUCGGUAGAUAGUGUAAUAAUGGAAUCCUCGCGGCCCCCCUUCCACCUCAGCCCACCCUCCAAGCCCCUAAACGAGCAGUGGGGCCUGGUGCGAUGGUGUUUGUUCGUACUCCGAACGGGAAUCGUGCGACAGAAGGAUAUGCACACUUGCAAAGUAGAAAUAGCAAACCGGAACAACGGACGGCCAUAGUUUACAUUCGUCGGUAACGUUUCCUCUUACCAUACCUACCGUCUACCAGCGAACAGAGUCAGCAGCUUAAAGGGAACCAUACUAUAGCGCCAUUAUCCAUUCUGGUUGGUCUUAGUUGUGCAUACAAAUUAUCUGGUACCACAAUUCUGUAAUAGGCUGUAAACAUCCGCAACACACACACACACACACACACACAUACAAAGACACAUACACACUCAAAUGAACCAACAAGCUUUACGGCUUUUAAUUUUCUUGUGCGUACGGAAGGAUGAUGAACAUUAUAAUUGCCUCUGUGUAUCGCGUGUAGCGUGUUAGCGUCGAGCGUGAUAGAAAUGCGUCAGUAAGUUAGUCAGGAUUUGAACCUUGCUCCAGUAAAAAGUAAUAAUAUUUUUUUUUCAAUAAACUUUAAGCUUUAAAAUAGCUUUUGUUAGAACAA